ACCGAGGAAGAGGAGCGGAGCUGCGACUCCCCACGGAGCAGGACCGCCGCUUGCUACCGCCUCUAUGAAACCGACCGCCGAAGUUCUGUUUGCCCGGCGCUCAACUCUCCACAGGGACUAAAAGUUAACGGCUGUUUUGUUUUUUUCUUGAAGUUUUCCUCUCUCUCUCAGGCGGUUAAAGUCGAGCAGGUUUGGAGAGCUCUUCCUGUUCCCAGAGCUCCUUCAUAACACAGCCAGCAUGGAUGUUGCGGCGCACGGGAAUGCGGGAUUUCCUGUGUGGCCACCGCAGUGUUGCGUUCAGGCGCACUUUCUGGAUCCUCGGGCUUAAAUAAUGAAGAGCGGUCAGAGCUUGAAGGUUGUCGUAAAAACAGUGGUUGGCUGAAGUGAAUGCUCCUUUUCCUGCUAUUCUUCUCCUCCUCUGCGCUUCCUGCUGCUGGUGGCCCCUGCUCCUAAUGGCUAAAAAUACAGAAAAAACUCAACAUGGACGUCCGAGUGUGUGAGAAACUGUGAUUUCUGAGUCUUAUGAAGCAGCUUUAGUCCUAAAGUUUAGAGUCUUCAGAGUUGGAAGCUGUAACAGGUGGUGAUGGAUGGAGGGAGGGGGGGUAGGAGCAGAUCAGCCAUGAUGACUUGAUUCCAGAAGCUGAUAAUGUAGUCAGACCAUGUGCAGGGAAACCACACACCUCAUCAAUGUUACAGAGACUGCUGCCUCUGAGAUUCCAUACAGGUCUGAGGAAGCCAGAGAUGAGAAGAUUUGAGUUUGUGAGGCGAUUGGUUUCCUUUUGUCCCUGAAUCUACGGCCCGGCGGUUGGGCUGACCUCUGACCUCAUCUCCUUGGUCCCUGAUGAGACAACAGGAAAGGGAGCAAGGUGUGAUAAAGUACUCUUUACUCUCAGGCCCCCGGAGCGUCCGGUCGGGUCAUCUAGCGGAGGCUCCAUGGAGCCGCUGAAGAACAUAUUCGGUCGGAGCUCGCUGUCCAACUGGAAGAAUCUGGAGCAGUCCAAAAAAGGGAACUUCAUCAACCCCGUUUGGACGGCCUUGUUCGACUACGAGGCCUCCUGUAAGGAUGAGCUCACCUUGCGUAAAGGUGACCUGGUGGAGGUCCUCUCGCAGGACUCCGAGAUAUCUGGGGAUGAGGGCUGGUGGGCCGGGAAGGUCAACAACAAGGUGGGCAUCUUCCCGUCCAACUAUGGCUCCUUCGCCAGCGGAUACGCCAAGCUGCCAGGAAGCAGCGUGGUGGAGGAGCUGAACCGCGCCGUGGUGGGCAACGUCGAUCCGGAGGAGGUGGAUUUCCGAGAGCUGAGCCUGGAGGAGGUCAUCGGGGUCGGGGGCUUCGGGAAAGUGUACCGCGGGACGUGGCGGGGCGAGCUGGUGGCGGUGAAGGCGGCCCGCCAAGACCCGGACGAGGACAUCAGCGUGACGGCGCAGAACGUCAGGCAGGAGGCGCAUCUGUUCGCCAUGCUCACCCACCAGAACAUCAUCGCCCUGAAGGGCGUCUGCCUGCAGGAGCCCAACCUGUGUCUCAUCAUGGAGUACGCCUCGGGCGGACCGCUGAGCCGGGCGCUGGCCGGCCGCCGCAUCCCGCCUCACGUCCUGGUCAACUGGGCCGUGCAGAUCGCCAGAGGGAUGGUGUACCUGCACAACGAGGCCAUCGUCCCCGUCAUCCACCGGGAUCUCAAGUCCAACAACAUUCUGCUGGCUGAGCCCAUAGAGAACGAGUGCAUGGAGGGGUUGACGCUGAAGAUCACCGAUUUCGGGCUGGCGAGGGAGUGGCACAAGACCACAAAGAUGAGCACGGCCGGCACCUACGCCUGGAUGGCCCCGGAGGUCAUCAAGUCCUCCACCUUCUCCAAGGGCAGCGACGUUUGGAGCUACGGCGUCCUGCUGUGGGAGCUGCUAACAGGAGAGGCCCCCUACAAGGGGAUUGAUGGCCUGGCCGUUGCGUACGGAGUGGCUGUCAACAAGCUCACCCUGCCCAUCCCUUCCACAUGCCCCGAACCCUUCGCUCAGCUCAUGGCAGAAUGCUGGGACCAGGAUCCUCACCGAAGACCCGACUUCGGCUCCAUCCUGACGCAGCUGACGGCUCUGGAGCAGCAGGUGAAGGAGGAGAUGCCUCAGGAUUCUUUCCACUCGCUGCAGGAUGACUGGAAGCUGGAGAUCCAGGACAUGUUUGAUGAGCUGCGGGCCAAAGAGAAGGAGCUGCGUUGCCGUGAAGAGGAGCUGAAGCGAGCGGCUCUAGAGCAGAAGUCCCAUGAAGAGUUCCUGCGGCAGCGGGAGCAGCAGCUGGCCCAGUGGGAGCAGGACGUCUUCGAACGCGAGCUCAGCCUCCUCAUCCUCCACCUGAACCAGAACCAGGAGAAACCCAAUGUCAAGAAGAGGAAGGGCACCUUCAAGAAGCACAAACUCAAGAGCAAGAACGGCGAGAAGAUCAGCAUGCCGCAAGAUUUCAUCCAUAAAAUUACAGUGCAGGCGUCCCCAGGCCUGGAAAAGAGGCGUAACUCUCCAGAUUUGGGUUCAGGCUCCUCGCCUUCAUUCGGCCCACGGUUUCGUGCAAUUCAACUCAGUCCCAGCGACAGCAGCAGGACGUUUGGGCUCACCCCGGUCCGACCUUUAGAGACCCCCUCUAUCAAGCAGUCCAAUGGAGACCUGAGGUUGAACCCACACUGGAGGCCCCAGAGCCCAAAGAGUCCAAAAAGCCCGAAAGUUCUGCGGCUGAGUCCUCAGGAAAGCAGUUUGUCGAUGAGGGCCAAGCUGCUGGGGUCAGACAGCAACGAGAACGGAGACUCCAUGGAUGACUUUGAGGAGUACCGCCCCCCCACACCGACCCCAGCCUCCUCUCAGAACGGCUCCUCAUCCAAGGACAGCCUGCGGCUUCCUCCCUCUCAGGGAGACUCCGGCAGCGAGGAGGGGGGCUACUCUCCGGCCGGCUCCCCCAUGCCUGAGAGGGGUUCUCUUGGCAGCAUGAUCAAGAACACACACCGGGCGUUGCUAGGUUGCGGCUCCCUCUUGGCCUCCGUGGCACUCGGCCGAGGCUUGGAUGUCCCCCCUCGGGUGCCGCCUCGAACUAACCCCCCAUCCUCCGAGGAGCGCGCCUCCUUUGAACUUGAGAUCUCCCACCCUAGACCUCUAAUAACAGACCCCCCUGUGGUGGACGACCUGAUUACCUUCUCCACCUCUGAGCCGCUCCCUAGACCCCUGUUGGAUUUAGCCCUGCAGUACCAAGAGCUGAAGCCGCUGCCCCUGGCGCCGCCUCCUCCAAAUCCCAGAGAGAGGUCCGGACCUCGAACGCCGCAGACGCACCACAGCCCGACGAGUCCCGGGACCCCGAUGCAGCAGGACGGAGCCGUUCCAGCAGACUGGACCGCUAGUUCUGGUUCCAGCAACGGAGAGCUGAGCAGCGAUGGAUGGGAGCACAGACCCGACAGGAGGAGGAGGUCCAGCUACGGCCUGCAUGCUUCUCAGUUAGUUUUAGAUCUGCCGCUUUGCCAGGACACUCUGGAUUAUGAGGACAAGACUUCUGUGCCGUACGCCCUCCAUCCCAACCCGGCGCUCUGGAGCCCCAAAACUCGCCGCCUGGAGGUCAGCGUCAUUCCGAGGCCACGCCCAUCCCCUAUCCGGCCUCGCAUCGACCCGUGGAGCUUCAUCUCUGCUGGCGGCGGCAUCUCAGGCGGCGGCCGUAGCCCGCUCCGGUCGGACGGCCACCCCCUGGGCUACAAGCCGUCCCCCACCAACCCCUUCACCAGCUGCGACCCUUUCCCCUCCCCGGACUGCGACCCCUUCACCCUCAAGGCGGACCCUUCCUGCAGCUCCGACGGCUCCUCCCCCUUCGACCCUUUCUCCGCUCCCUUUCCGACCUCCCGCUCGGCGCCCUGCUCCGCCAACGGCUCCCCGACGCUGCCGUCGUUCCGCAUCGCGCCCAUCAGCCCGGCGGACCCGGCCUUCAUGGACCUGCGCUGGGCGGCCUGCGGCAGGCCUCUGGAUAUGACCAAAGAGAGGGCGCUCCCCAGCAGAACUCUGGGGCUGAAGCCCUUCAAGUCUCCGACGCAGCUCAGAGACGAUCGGUUCUGAACGCAGACGUGGAUUUUCUGAAAUGCAGCCGAUCAGUCCAGGAACAUUUUCACUACUGUUUAUUUCUCCAGAAUGAAAAGUCUGGAAAGGGAGGGAGCGGCGGGCAUGGAGGGGCUUAUUUAUAUACCAGCCUGGUGCUUUGAGAAGCAGAACACCAGUGGAAAGGUGGUACAAUACAUUGUGGGAUAUCAGCCUGUGAACCAAUCGCUGGUGCCAAUUUCAUCUUUCCUGUGUGUCCCUUUUAAAGGAGCAGAAUACAGAUCAGCAGCCUCAUCUUGAGCUUCUGUCAGCGCUGCUCCUAUCACCCGCUUUCAUCUCCAGGAGGCUUUGAAGCGUUGUGACAAUGAAGAGGUGGAUCCGGCCAUUUUUCUCCUUUUUUACAGCUUUAUUCGCCUCUAACGGCUCCGCAGACUGAAAGCAUUCAGGACAAUGAAAGAAAAUUGGUGUGCCUUUAUUUUGUGAAGUCUUUUUUUUUUUUUCUUUUUGUUAAUAUAUCUCUUAAAGGUUCCCUGAACCGUUUAUCUGGUUCUCAGAUAAAAUGCUAUGAAAAAAUUUGACCUAAAUUUCCAGAUCAUGUACAAAAAAAAAGAAAAAAACACCAAA